CGCUCUUCAACCCACGUGCAUCUGCUGCUUGUGCUGUUGCCAGUGUGGGGAGAUGCUGCACACAGACUGCGUCCCAGCAACACCUUGCCCGUUCUCCUGGGUCAAACAGUGGUAUGCUGAGGCGCAUGUGGUGGAAGAGGGUUCUGAGGCGCUGCAUUUCGGGCAGGUUCAGAGACGCAUGCGGAGGCACCGCACCAUCUUUACCGAGGAGCAGCUCGAUGCCCUUGAGGAACUGUUUCUGCAAAACCAGUACCCUGACAUUAACACACGUGAACAACUGGCUCAACGCACUCACCUGCGUGAAGAAAGGGUGGAGGUAUGGUUUAAGAACCGAAGAGCGAAGUGGAGAAGGCAGAGAAGACACUCAUUUGGCCUGCAAGACCCAGCACACUGGAGAUCUGACCUCUAGCCUGCAAAAAAAACAUUAAAAUGGCAUUCAUGUUUGCAUUUCCUGAUUAAUUGGUCUUGUUUUACUCUGACUCUGACACAGUGAAGGAAAAGAAAAAAGAAAUAGCCUGGUUGUUGUUGUUUUGUUCACCUGAAUGAAUGAAAUAGCCUGGUUGUUGUUUUGUUCACCUUUCUUUGUAGUAGGCCUAGCCUGUUCAUC